AUGGGUGAUGUUGUGGGUCCUGACUUGAUCAGUGACCUUCCUCAAAGCAUUAUCGAGAGUAUUCUGGUGCAGCUACCAAUUAGAGAAGCUGUGAGAACUAGUAUUUUGUCUAGUAAAUGGAGGUACAAAUGGGCUUCAAUUACUCAACUUGAGUUUGAUGACAAAUGUGUGCCCUUUAGUAAUGACAGGGAAGUUGUUGAGAGGAGUGUUGUUAAGUUCAUCACCACAGUGUUGUUUCUUCACCAAGGGCCAAUUCAUAAGUUUCAAAUUACGAAUUGGAAGUUGCAGAACUGUCCUGAAAUUGAUCAGUGGAUUCUAUUCCUCUCGAGGAAUAAUAUCAAGGAAUUGGUAUUGGAGUUGGGAGAAGGGGAGUUUUUUAGAAUACCUUCAAGCCUUUUCAAUUGUAGGAAGUUGAAUAGGUUGGAGCUCUCUCGGUGUGAGUUGGAUCCACCGCAUAGUUUUAAGGGUUUUCUGUGCUUGAGGAGCCUCAACCUUCAUCAAGUUUUGAUAUCCCCUGAUGCAGUUGAGAGCCUUAUUUCCAGAUGCCCUCUCUUAGAGAGUUUAUCACUGUCUUAUUUUGAUCAUUUGGCUCUAACUAUCUGUGCCCCGAAUCUUAAGUACUUGUAUCUUGAAGGUGAAUUCAAGGAUAUAUGUCUUGAAGAUACUCCACUUUUGAUUGAAAUCUCUAUUGCUAUGUACAUGACCGAUGACAUUGCUGAGCAUUUUGAACAAAGCUCAAACUGUAAUUUUGUCAAGUUUUUUGGUGGUGUGCCUAAUCUUGAGAAGCUUGUCGGCCUUAUCUACUUCACAAAGUAUUUGAGCAUAGGGAUUGACUCUGUGCAUAUUUCAAUAACCUACCACAAUUUGGAGACUAUUGAAUUAUAUCAAGUAAAUUUUGAAGAUACAAAAGAGAUACUUGUCAUCCUUCACAUGAUUACAAGCUCUCCCAAUCUAAAAGAACUACAAAUUUCAGGUUCAUCGAACAUACCAGUUGCUGUAGAUGCCCCAGACUUGGAUUUUUGGGAAAAAGGAUGCUUUUCAGAUUCUGCACUUAACAAGCUUAAAAUUGUGAAGUUGUCAGAAAUGGGUGGUUGGCGUCAUGAGAUAGAAUUUAUCAAAUAUUUGCUUGGCCGUUCUCCCGUGCUUGAGACAUUGAGUAUCAUUCCUUGUGUAUUUGACAUGGAGAAUAAUUUGAAAAUGUUGAUCGAAUUGGUGAAAUGUCGAAGAGCUUCUUCUAGAGCAGAAGUUAUUUUCAUCAACGAGUGA